AUGUCAGCACAUCUAGAAAAUGGUGAAUUGCCCCGAAAAAUUAAAAGGGUAGGCGAUCACAGGCCGGUAAAUGUGGUUUUAGGAACCCAGUGGGGCGAUGAAGGCAAAGGAAAAGUGGUCGACAUGCUGGCCGCUGAUGCAGACAUUUGCUGCCGGUGUCAGGGUGGAAACAACGCUGGCCACUCAGUCCACGUGCAGGACAAACAUUAUGCGUUUCACCUGUUGCCGAGUGGGGUUAUCUACCCUUCAUGCAAAGGAGUCAUAGGAAAUGGGGUCGUGAUAAACCUGCCAGAUCUGUUCAAAGAGAUUGAGAAAAACGCACUCGACAACUUGGAGAAUCGUCUGGUGAUAUCUGACAGAUCGCAUUUGGUGUUUGAUCUGCACCAGCUUGUGGAUGGCAUGCUGGAGGAUGGGAGAGGUCACAAACUGAUUGGCACAACUAAAAAAGGAAUCGGUCCAGCUUAUGCAUCAAAGGCUACCCGGAACGGUCUACGGAUAUGUGAUCUCCUUGGAGAUUUCGUCAAGUUCUCAGAAAAAUUCACGCAUUUAGUGGAUCAUUUCAAGCAGAUGUACCCAGAGCUCAUCGUGGACAUUGACAGUGACCUUACACUGUACAAGGAGCUGGCCGAACGAGUCCGGCCUAUGGCUAAAGAUACAGUGAGCUACCUGCACACUGCCAUUUUGGAGAACAAGCGCAUACUGGUGGAGUGUGCACAGUCAACGAUUUUGGAUAUCGAUUUUGGCCUCUACCCAUAUGUAACGUCCUCCAAUUGCUCUGUUGGGGGCGUGUGUACCGGCUUGGGCAUUCCUCCACAUUGUGUGGGAGAAGUGUACGGUGUUGUCAAGGCAUACCUUACUCGUGUUGGCUCCGGAGGAUUCCCUACAGAAUUAAACAAUGAGCAGGGAGAACUGUUGCAGAAGAGAGGCGGAGAGUUUGGAGUGACCACUGGUCGACCCCGACGCUGCGGGUGGCUAGAUCUGGCCAUGCUGCAAUAUUCAAACAUGAUAAAUGGCUUCACAGGCCUUGCUGUGACGAAACUGGAUAUUCUUGAUGUCUUUGAAGAGAUUAAAGUUGGUGUGGCAUACAUCUUAAAUGGAGAGAAAUUAAAUACCUUCCCAGCCUCUGACGAUGACCUCAGAAAAGUUGAGGUGGAGUAUAAGACGUUGCCAGGUUGGAAUACUUCAACAGAGCAUGCAAGGAAGUUCUCAGAUCUGCCCCUGAAUGCUCAGCGAUAUGUGCGAACAAUCGAGUCCUAUAUUGGAGUACCAGUAAGAUGGGUAGGUGUUGGCAAAGACCGUGACUCCAUCAUCUCCAUUCCUUGA